UAUGGUUGCAUUCAAUUUGUUAAGACAUCACUGUUUAAAUGACCACAACCUGACUUAAGGGAGAACUGGAAGAACAUCCCCGUCUAUGGCCAUGGCCUAGUUGGGCUUUAGAAGGGGAGGAAGUAGUACUAGGCUACGACCCCCGGUAAAGUAAGAAAUUUGAUUAUGCAAUUUUUUUGUAUAUCACUAUUUUAAGUAUAUUUUUUAAAUGACCAUGUAUGGCCUGUUUGAUGGGAGGAGGUGAAGAGGGGUGGGCCCAUGGCUUGACUGGGUUUCGGCAUAUUGGACUGGCCUGGUUUGGCAAGAUUUGAAAUUUUUUUUUUUUUCCCAAAUGAUUUUUAAGAAUUAAGCGUAUGAGGUUGUAUCUGUGACUUCUUAAGAAGAAAGUGCAGGGUGAAACAUACUGCAACAAAAGAAUGUACAACAAAUGACUUGACCUCUAGAAGCUAGGCCCAGAUCCCACUCAUUAAUUUUUUGGUGGACCUAGGUUCUAGAAUCAUUCUUCUUCUUGUUUAUUUUUAUUUAUUUAUUUAUUUUUGUUUGCUUGUCAAUAAUUUACACAUUUUGUUACUUGUUGAAACAGUCCUUUGGCAUUGGCUCAUGCCGAUAUUGAUGAUGGAAAAGUAGUGUUUGUUCCAUGGGUUGAAACAGAUUUCAGAACUGGUGAAGCUCCAUGGUGGACUUGAAUCUCUUCUUACCCUCUACAAGGUUGGAAGUGACUCAGUUUGUUUUGCACAUAUUAAUGAAGCCUACAAGAUACUCUGAUGUAAGAAGGAUGUUAUUGACAAUCUUAAGUAUGCAUUUGCUGUUGCACAGCUAUUUGUAUCUUGAUUAUCAAUCACAUAGCACUUUCUUAUCAAAUGCUCAUCAUCUGGCCAUGAUUCAGGUGGUUUAAUUUUUCAUGACAUGAGUUUACGAAUCUAUUUUACUUAAAUUGACAGUAAUUUUUUGAUGUGCAGUAUUACUUAUUUGGAAAAGGUUGAAUUAGGGCGUCGUGGCUAAAAUGAGGGUGUUUAAUGUGGGCUCUGCUUGUCAAUUGCACAAUUUAGAAUAAAAUAUCGAUUCCCAAUUUUCUCUCAUCUAUGUUCUUGUCAUUACAUUUUUAUACUUUUUUUUUUUAGAAAAUCAUCAUGUACACGUACCCUUCAUAACAAACAAAGCAUAGGAUUGUCUCAUAUGCAUGCUAGAGCUACUUGGCUACACCAAUUGAGAAAACACUAUCUUAGUAGGAUUGAACAGAUACGUGUGCCUUGUCUUGUCCAGACACAUGCCAACUACUUUUGGCACCAACAAUGCCUAUAUAUGGACUCACAUUUUCUCAGAACUUGCAUUAAUCACAUGAUUCGUAGUACCUCAAUGUCUUCUCAAGUAGUUGCCACAGACGAGAUGACUCCUACUCAUGAGCAGCCAAGUAAUGGUGAUUACAAAAAAGGGAUCAAGUACCUCACUGAUAUGAUGCCUAACAUGCCCAAGCUGCCUUCAGAAUAUGUUUUGCCAUUACCGGCAAGUCCAUUAUCAGUCAGCCAUGCUUCAAUCCCCGUCAUGGAUUUAAGUGGUCUCUCUGGAUCCACUGAGUGUAGAAUGCUCACUAUUCAAGCCAUUGCCUCUGCCUGUACUGAGUGGGGAUUCUUCAGGAUUGUUAAUCACGGGAUAAAGAUCUCUUUAAUGGAGGAAAUGCUGGAGGCUAUAGAAGGAUUUUUCAAUCUCUCUUGGGAAGAGAAGAUGAAAUAUGCUUCGGACGAUGUGAUGGAUCCAGUUAGGUAUGGAACAAGCUUGAAUACAUCCAUAAAGCAUGCUCUCCAUUGGAGGGACUAUUUCAGGCAUUUUGGCCAUCCUUUUCACAGUAGCUUUCAUCUUUGGCCUAACAAUCCCUCUAACUACAGGUAUGUAGCAAAGGAAUACUUAGAGGAGGUUUGGAAGUUGCAACUGAAGAUAGCAAGUGCAAUAUCAGAAGGCUUAGGACUGGACAGUGAUUACAUAGAGAAGUCACUUGGAGAAGGUUUCCAGAUCCUUGCCUCUAAUUAUUACCCUCCAUGUCCAGAGCCACACCGAACACUUGGGCUAGCAGCACAUUCUGAUCAUGGUGGCCUAACAAUUUUGAUGCAAAAUGAUGUCGAUGGCUUACAAGUUAAACACGAGGAAGAGUGGGUUGCUGUUGAAUACGUGCCAGGGACUUUUGUUGUCAACAUAGGAGAUUACUUGGAGAUUUUGAGCAAUGGAAGGUACAAAAGUGUGGUGCAUCGAGCUGUGACAAAUGCACAAAGAGCGAGGAUAUCGGUAGCCGUGGGCCACGGGCCUGAGCAGACGGCCACAGUUGCACCUGCAAGCCUACUAGUUGAUGUGAAGGAUGACAUUAAAUACCGGCCCGUCACCUACAAAGACUACAUUAAGCUACAACAAAGCAGCGCUAUAAGAGGAAAAAGUCCAUUGCAAACCAUAAUGACCCACAACUCAACAAAUGAAGCUUCUUCUGCUCCACUGCCUCGAGUAUAAGAAAAUUUCAUUAUGUGUGUGUGUGUGUGUGUGUGUGUGUGUGAGGUUUUGUAGUGAAUUGACUUUUGCAAAGUAUAAUGUAUGGGCACAAAGCUGCGUUUAUUUUUGAUGUUGUUGUUGGGUUUAGACAUGAAACAAGCUAGUAUAUGCUAAACUUAAAAUUAAUCUAAUUGGAAUAUUGUGUGAAAUAAUGAAGGAGGUAACCCGAGCUCCUUAUAUUGUUUAAUGCCAGCUUAAU